CCCCAGUCCCCCACCGUCCCACGCCAUGCGGCCGCCCCCUUGCUAACCAACCACGGCGCCGCGCGCGCGCAUCGCCGUCGCAAUGGCCGCCGCCGACUCGUCCAAGCCCGCGCGCGCGGCCACGCUCCCCGCCCGCACGCUCCUCCUGGCGCUCCCCUUCCUCUCCCUCCUCCUCCUCUUCCUCUACGUCUACUCCACCACCUCGUGGCGCCCUGCAUCAGGCCUCCCCGCAACCGCCGCAACAACAACAACAACAACCGUCGCCACCACCACCACCACCACCGUGCCGCUGACCCCCUCCCCUCCGUCCCCGCACAUCCGGAUGCGGCGGUCCCGGUACCGUUCCUACGACGACUACCUCCGCCACCAGCUGAACAAGACGCUGGACCCGCGGCUCCGGCGGGUGUGGGCGACGCGGGACUGGCAGCGGAAGGUGGACGCGUUCGCGCGCCUCUUCGCGGGGCUCCGGGACGAGGGCCUCCUCUCCAACGCGUCCCGCGCGCUCUGCGUCGGCGCGCGCCUGGGCCAGGAGGUGGCCGCGCUGCGCCAGGUGGGCGUCCGGGGCGCGCUCGGCAUCGACCUGGCCCCGGCGCCGCCGCUCGUCGCCCGCGGCGACUUCCACGCGCAGCCCUUCCCCGACGCCACCUUCGACUUCGAGUUCUCCAACGUCUUCGACCACGCGCUGUACCCGGACCGCUUCGCCGCCGAGGUGGAGCGCACGCUGCGCCCCGGCGGCGUCGCCGUGCUCCACGUCGCCGUGCACCGCCGCGGGGACAGGUACUCCGCCAACGACCUGCUGGACGUGCGCGGCCUCGUCGGCCUGUUCCGCCGCUGCGACGUCGUGCGGGUGUCCAAGGUCGACGCCUUCGGGCUCGACACCGAGGUCAUCCUCCGCAAGAAGGGGUCGUCUCGCCGCUGACGACGUCUCUAGCCAUGCGUCCAUCCGCUGGGUCCUCCACAACAGUCACCGACCGAAUACACGAUCCAAUCUUGGCUUGCAAACUACGAACGGCAGAGAGAAAAAGGCAAGUGUUGGGCAUCGAUUUAUUUUGGUUUCUGUACUACUAAUUGUGGCAUUGUACCAACACCUAGCAAACACAGUAGGCAUCCAUCUUGUUCUUGCUUUGUAUACCUAGGCACCGAAUUGGUGGUAGUUAGGAAAAAACAAUUGAGUUCAAUUGAAUUGAAAUCAAUCCGCUUU